UUUUGACCUUAAAAAACGCUAAAGCGGGCGGCUCCGCCAACCCAGCCCUCAGCGGAUGCAACCGGAGAGCGCCCUUUCCCUUUCUUUCCUUCUUUCCCCCCUCCUUCAUUCUUCUUCUUUUCUUUCCUCUUUCCUUGGAGUGCAAGCGAAGGAGGAGGAGAAGGUGAUGGAGAUGGGGUUCCUCCUCGAGCUCCUUUUAACCGCUGUCCUCUCCGUCCUCCUCGCCUUCCUCCUCGGCAAGAUCUUCGUCAUCGAUUCCUCCGACGAUGACCACGAGGAGAAGCGCGAGCGAUCGGCCGAGACGGUCGGCGAAAUCCAUCGGGCCGCGGUCGAUGGCGACGAAGAUCGCCGACAUACCGAGGAGAUUCAUGAAUCGGAUUAUAUUGCUGCGGAGUCGGCGGUGGCGGCUGAUAAAGCGAGUAAAGGGAACGAUGAUGAAGGAGAUGGAGGGAUUGUCCUCUGGUCGGAGGACGAUGUCUUGGUGGAUCAUAGCUUGGAAGGUGGCUCUGAAGCUGUAGAAAAACUUGGAUUGGAUGAAGACUCUGCCAGAAGACUGUCCGAAGGGGUUGGAUUUGAGGAGGCUAAAGAAGAAGGAAGGUCAGAGGAGGUGGGAGCCGAUGAGAUUGACCUGGAGAGCGUCAACUUAGAGAUGAAGAAAGAAGAGGCAAGGAUAUAUGAAGGAAAUAUACGGAGAUUGGCAGAUGAGUCGACAAGAGAUACGAUUGAGGAGGGCAAAAUGUUAAGGCUUGAAAGAUUGCCUAAAAUAGAAGAGAGAUUAAUAAACGAUGCGGACGUCACAGAACUUGAGCCGGCGAUGGAGAAGGGAGAAGAAAAUAAGCCUGAAGUGACUGUGCUGAAUUUGGAAGAUGAAUCCAGUAGCAAAGUGGCUGAGGUGGAGAUUGGAAGGGUCGAGAGGUUGCUAAAAGAAGAAGGAAGCUCUGAGGAGGUGAUGGCCACGGUAAUUGAGACCCCGGAGAACGAGAAUGAACGAGAGAAAACAUCUGAAAUAAAUGUAGUGAGAUUGGAAUCCACUAGAGAAAUGGUUGAGAAAGUUGCACCUGAAAGAAUCAAGGAAGAGAAAAGAUUGUUAAUGAAAGAAGAAUGCUCAGAGGAGUCCAGAGCCAGUGAUCUUGACAUGGAGAAGAAGACUGAAGGAGAGAGUCAGUGCCAAAUAGGUUUGCUUAAUUUGGAAGAUGCUUCUAUGAGAGAAAUGGAUGAGGUAGUAGUUGAAGAGACUGGAGAGGAACAAAAGCUGGUUAGAGAAGAAGAAAGAUCAGCAGAGGUGACAUCUUGCAAUUUUGAGCAAGAUAAGGAGAUUGAGCAAGAGCAUUUGGAUGCUAAAGCAGUUAAGUUAGAAGAGGACUCUAUACAAACGAUGCCUGAGAAGGUGGAAAUUGAUUGGGUUGACUCUCCUAAUUUGGUUGGAAGGGAAGAAAGAUUGGCUGAUGGUGAAGUUUGUACUGUCAAGGUUGUUCAAUCACCUGAAGAAGAAAGGAUACUGCAAGAGGGAUCUCAAAGUGAAGCUAAAGGACAGAAGAUUUGCAUCCAUGAUGGGGGAUCUUUGCUUAAUGAGGAAGAUGAUUGGGAAGGGAUUGAGAAGAGCGAGCUGGAAAAGCGCUUUGGGGCCGCAAUAGCGUAUGUGGGUAGUGGUACUGGUGGAGAUGCAUUGUCAAAGCUGAGUAGUGAUGUGCAGAUGCAAUUGUAUGGACUACAAAAGGUUGCAACAGAGGGCCCUUGCUAUGAGUCGCAGCCAUUGGCUUUGAAGGUUUCUGCUCGUGCUAAAUGGCAUGCUUGGCAAAAACUGGGGAACAUGAAUCCGGAUAUGGCAAUGGAACAGUAUAUGACUAUUCUGUCUGAGAACAUUCCUGGAUGGAUUGAAGGGAAACCAGGACAGGAAGACAAUUCUAAUCCGGAGACAAUGAUAUCUGCAAUGGGGAAACCUGAUUCAUUUUCAACUUCACAUGAUCAACGUAGUUUUGAAAGUAAAAGGAAUCUAGAAGGCCCUUCUUCGAGUGAAGAGGAUCAUGCAACUGCUGGCUCAGAGCACCAGAAGAAGGAGUCAUGAAGGCGAGCUUCUUUUUCUUUCCUGCUCUGCCUAACAAAUAGACUACAUAUCUUAAUGGCCUAUUGGCUGACCUUUCUGCCUGUUGUGUGAAUGAGUUUAUAGAGACACUUUUCUGAAAUGGGGCCCGUAUUGCUGAUUAUGGUGGGCCAAUGGGGAUUCUUUAAAUAAUGUAUGGAUGGUACAUGGUCCAUGUGACUGUAACUUUGUAUAUACAAUUGUAUGGAUGCUGCUGUGUGGCAGGAGAUAUUUAUUCCUAUAGUUGUUACACAUCGUGUGUGUGUGUAUAUAUAUAAGGCCAGAAGGAAAGGCACAAAUUCCAAAUAUUUGCUGCAUUUUGCUGCAAGUUACAUUAA